AUGAACAGAAGUCCCCAGCAUCGCAGGCUACCGGCCCUGCCGCGAACCCGUCUGAUGGAGGAUAUUAGAAAGACCGCUAAAAGCGAACCGAUGGCCGUUCGAGGCCCGUCGAAAAUCCUUUCCCUUAUCAAUCGAAAAGCCAAUCCGGAGUACAGCAGUAAACGAAUCUGGCAAGAGCUGAAUAUGCCAACCGAGUGCGAUUUUCUAGGUCCGAACGUAUUUUCCCUACCGGAACGGUUGUUGAGGCACGGGCCCAAAAUUAGACCAACUCCGCUACCAAGACCGAAGUCUGACCGAGGCGUUCCAGCGAAAAAAAAGAUUAGAUCCUAUACCGCCCUGAGAAAAGAUCGCGAAGAGUUUCGGAAACGAUUGAUCAAACUGAUCGUACGCAAAGGACAUGAAAAAGACGAUGCGGAAAACACGUUUCCGAACGUUGAGGAGAGGGAAUUGUUGAGGUACUAUCACUACAUACGGCAUGGAAUCGAUACGGUGCACGUGGCACCGAUUGACAAACGAGUUCUGCAAAGAAUCUUAAAGUUGCUACCAAAAAACCUUGUCAAAUAUAAGGUUGCUUUGAGAGCAAUUUUCGACGAAAUCAAGGACGACUACUCGCUCGCCGUGAAAAAAGCUGUCGUGGAUUUCGUUCUAGGCGACGCAAUGAGCAAGUAUGCCGUCAAGGAAGACAUAACACCGUCUCGGCUGGAAAUUAAAGAGUUGAGACUAAAGUGGAAGCAUCGCUACGAUGAGAAUCGGGCAAAAAUCAAGCGAAACUUGUUCUCCAUUAAUGCCUGUUCGGAGCAGAUUCUAGAACUUUGGGAUACCACGUUCAAGAACUUGCUUCUGGUGGAUAUCAAACAACUGCAGGAGAAGGGGCAAGCCUAUGAUUUGACGGAGUUUACGUCAACAGUGAACCAACAGAUUGAGGAAGUGAAGAUUACGUUGACGGAAAAAUGGUACGGUUCAAUAAAGACCAUCUUCAACAGAGGUGUGAAGAAGAAGUUGAUUCCGGAUGAAGCUACGAAGCCAAAGAUGCUGCGGAAAUUCUUCAAUUCACUAGCCACUUUGAUGACACGUCAAUUACAGAAUCUAUGUGUCAACAGCGUUACUGCGUACACUAAUUUCAUUUGUGACGUUGGAAAAUCGAAUCCGGGAUUUCGGCUAACAAUCUUGCUUGAAAACCAGGACACCCUGUCUUUCAUACCAAGUUUUUCGCGUUUUCAGAUAGAAAUCGUGAAAAUUAUUGACAAUAUUGUGAAAGCCGUGAAAAGUUUCAAGCGAAUCGAAAGACAGUUGAGGCCAAAUGUUCCCUGUCCUGAACCGUUGUUGAAGCCCGAGAUAUCAGCAGAGGUGAUCUCCGAAUGCAAAACGCGAAUAUAUAACAUUCUGGAAGAGCAGCGAAUUGGUCCAGAGCUCCGGAUGCAGGAUUUUGACAAGUACAUGACAUUGAUGAAUGGGACAGACAUGGACGACAUUGAACGAUUUAUGGAGAAGCGCCCCAGUUUUGAGCAGUACUGUCGAUACAUUCAGCAAUACAAACAAAUGGAAGAUAACGUAGCCAAGGAGAUUUACGGCGUCAUAUCUAUGGGGUUGUACGAGUUCCAUCGAGAGGGAUUGAUUGAUACCCUGGAAGGUUUGGCGAAAUUCAUGCAACAAGAGUUGAUCACAAAAAUGACCGCUGAUCAGCAGAGUUCUGCAUCUCAACUUGCGAUGGAAUAUGAAGCGAUUGCUACCAAAAUUCUUACCAUACCGAAGGAUACAUCUGAGCUGAUGUCACUCAAAGAAUUUGCUUUGAAAAUGGAAGAAACUACUAUUCCAGACAUGGAAAACAGACUUAAAGUCAAUCUAAACCAUCUGCUGUAUCUAACAGACUACACAAUAUUCACUCCGCUGGAGAUAAAACAAAACAAUAACACAUUCCAAUGGUAUCGGAAGAUGCCCACAAUAUUCCAGGACCACAAAAAUAUCAUCGCCGAAAAGAUGGUGGAAUACCAGGACUCGCUGAAGAGAAGAAUCGAAAACUUCCGCCGCGAUCUCGAUAUCUAUUGGGGUCAGCUCAAGGAUUACGAGGUUUGGGGUGAUAUUAAGCAUUUGCAAAAGUACAAACGGAAGGCCACCACUCUGGACAACAAGCUGGUGGCGGCGUUGGAAAAGAUUGAUCACAUCAACGACGAGGAGAUCGCGUACGGUUGGGAGUUGUCGCAGUACCCGCUCAGAAAGCAGUGUCACGAUAAACUGACACCGUAUAAGCAGCUUUACGAUGCCGGUCAGGAGUUUAUGGAUAAACACGAGCUGUGGAUGCACUCCCAGGUGGGUUCCCACGAUCCGGAGCAGGUUGAAGAUACGGUUGGCUCGCUGUAUCGUACGGUGUACAAGUUGGAGAAGAAAUUUGCCGAUUCCUAUCAAACGCAACGAUUGGCGCAUGAUAUCAAAAGUCGCAUUGACCAGUUUAAGACGCAUAUGCCCAUCGUUCAGACGUUGGGUAAUCCUGGCAUGAAGGAACGUCACUGGGAGCAGGUUUCGGAAAUUAUUGGUUUCCCAAUUAAAAUUGCUCCGGAUCUGACGCUGGAGAAGGUAAUUGAUUAUGGUUUGGAUGAUUACAUCCAACGUUUCGAGACUAUCUCGGAAAGUGCAACCAAGGAGAACAAUUUGGAGAAAGCAAUGGUUAAGAUGGUCAACGAGUGGAGUGACAUGGCGUUUGUGGUGCAUCCGUACCGGGAUACCGGAACUUAUAUCCUAUCGGCUGUGGAUGACAUACAGGUAUUGCUCGACGAUCACAUUAUCAAAACGCAGACCAUGAAGAGCUCGCUGUACAUCAAACCUUUUGAGGCGGAUAUUUUGGCUUGGGAGAAAAAGCUGAUGCUCCUGCAAGACAUCCUAGACGACUGGCUUAAGGUACAGGCGACGUGGAUGUACCUGGAGCCUAUAUUCUCUAGCCCGGACAUCCAAUCGCAAAUGCCUGAAGAGGGUCGUCGAUUCAGUGCCGUGGACAAGAUUUGGAAGGAUCUGAUGAAGACAGUUUACGCCGAUACCAAAGUCCUGGCGGUCCUUGAAAUAGACAAAAUGUCGGAGAAAUUGAAGAAAUCGUACAGCCUUCUGGAGAUAAUUCAGAAAGGUCUCAACGAGUAUCUGGAGAAGAAACGUCUCUACUUCCCACGGUUCUUCUUCCUCUCCAACGACGAACUGCUGGAGAUUCUGUCGGAAACGAAGAAUCCAACCCGCGUGCAACCACAUCUGAAGAAGUGCUUCGAAGGUAUCGCUACGCUGCACUUCACCGAAUCGCUUGACAUUACUAAGAUGCGAUCAAGUGAAGGUGAAGAGGUGAAUCUGGCCGACGAAGUGUCGACCAGUAAGGCAAAGGGACAGGUGGAGAAAUGGCUACUGGAUCUGGAGAAAUCGAUGAAGAAAAGCGUACACAUUCAAGUGGACCAAUCGUACGAAUCUUACACCAAAACUGUGCGCCAUGAGUGGGUUCUCAUAUGGCCUGGACAGUGUGUCCAAAGCAUCUCGUGCGCCUUCUGGACACUGGAAGUUACUUUGUGUUUCGAUAGUGCGGAUCCUCUGGAAGCGCUUGAGGAAUACAAAGAAACUUGCAAGACACAAAUUUCACAUAUAGUCGAUUUGGUCAGAGGAAAGCUGGCCCAGCAGAAUCGAAUCACUCUGGGAGCGUUGAUUGUACUGGACGUCCAUGCGCGUGAUGUGCUGACGGACUUGAUUGAAAAACAAACAACUAAAUCGGACGAUUUCAAUUGGCUUGCACAGUUGCGGUAUUACAUGGAAGACAAACAGCUCGUCACAAGAAUGAUCAAUUCGACGCUAGCGUACGGCUAUGAAUACCUGGGCAACACAUCCCGGUUGGUAAUUACUCCGCUGACUGAUCGAUGCUUCCGUACGCUGUUCGGUGCAUUGCAUCUGCACUUGGGCGGAGCACCGGAAGGUCCUGCCGGAACGGGAAAAACCGAAACCACUAAAGACUUGGCAAAAGCAGUCGCCAAGCAGUGUGUCGUGUUCAACUGUUCCGACGGGUUGGACUACAUUGCUCUGGGAAAAUUUUUCAAAGGUCUCGCAUCCUGCGGUGCUUGGUCUUGCUUCGACGAGUUCAAUCGAAUCGAUCUGGAGGUAUUGUCGGUGGUCGCUCAGCAGAUUCUCACUAUUCAACGUGGCAUCAAUUCCGGCUCACCGACGUUGGUGUUUGAGGGAACGACUCUAACACUGGAUCCAACAUGUGCCGUAUUCAUUACGAUGAAUCCUGGCUAUGCGGGCCGGUCCGAGCUUCCCGAUAACUUGAAGGCACUGUUCCGAUCGGUAGCCAUGAUGGUGCCAGACUACGCAUUGAUCUCCGAGAUAGAACUAUAUUCGUACGGUUUUCUGAAUGCCAAGCCGCUGGCUGUUAAAAUUGUGGCAACAUAUCGCUUGUGUUCCGAACAGUUGAGUUCGCAACCGCACUACGACUACGGAAUGCGGGCGGUUAAGUCGGUACUGAAAGCGGCGGGGGCUUUGAAACUGAGAUAUCCCGAUGAAUUGGAAGAUAUUCUUGUACUACGAUCGAUCAAGGAUGUCAAUCUAGCUAAAUUUUUGAACCAAGACGUCCCAUUAUUCCAAGGAAUUAUUUCGGAUUUGUUCCCUGGAGUGGAGUUACCAGAGCCAGAUUACGAGGUGUUUAAUGACGCGUUACGAAAGGCUUGUGAGAAGCAUAACACGCAGUGUACUCCGUUCUUUAUGGAGAAGGUUCAACAGCUUUACGAGAUGAUUGUCGUAAGACAUGGUUUGAUGCUGGUUGGACCACCGUUCGGAGGAAAAAGCACUGCCUACCGAAUGCUGGCAGUGGCUCUGGGUUACAUCGAAGAAUUGGGAGAAAUGAACGAACAUAAGGCCCACUAUACUGUAAUUAAUCCGAAGGCUAUUACGAUGGGUCAGCUGUACGGUCAAUUUGACGCAGUUUCACAUGAGUGGAGCGAUGGGGUCUUGGCAGUCAACUACCGGCAGUUCGCCGUCAGUACGACUUCCGACAGGAAGUGGUUGAUAUUUGACGGCCCGGUGGAUGCUAUUUGGAUAGAAAAUAUGAACACCGUACUGGACGACAAUAAGAAGCUUUGCUUGAUGUCCGGGGAGAUCAUUCAGCUGGCACCGACAACGAACUUGAUCUUUGAAGUGAUGGAUCUUGAUGCCGCGUCCCCUGCCACCGUGUCGCGCUGCGGAAUGAUCUAUCUGGAACCAAGCACUCUCGGAUGGGAACCUCUGCUAGAAUCAUGGAAAAACACUUUGCCUCCGAUUCUUCACUCGGUCAACAAACAAGUAAUAACGCAAAUGUUCAUGCGAUUCUGUCCCAUUCUCCUGUGGUUCGUUCGCAAGGGCGGGGCAAGGGAAAUGAUGCCAACUUCCGACUCGAACCUGGUGAAGUCAGUGAUGAAUCUUUUUGACUGUUUCAUGGAUGACUAUCGAAACGAGACCUACAUGAAAAGUGUGUCCGAAGUGGACGUACGAGCGCAGCUAGAAGGUGUGUUCUUCUUUUCUUGCAUUUGGGCUAUCGGAGGACCGCUUGAGACUGUCAGUAGAGAAAAGUUCAGCGAACUGUUCCGCGCACUGACCGAGAAAAUAUUCCCACCGGAAAUUAAUGACAAAUUCAGAAUACCCGAGCACCUACAGGUGCCAAAUCUGACGAAACCUUUCAUUUUCCAAAUACCGAAAGGAGGCACUGUUUUCGAUUAUCAUUUUACAAAAGAAGGGAAAGGAAAAUGGCGUCCCUGGGCGGAAGAGAUUGGACAGACCAUUAAUAUUCAGCGCGACAUGCCGGUAAAUCAGAUUAUAAUUCCGACUAUUGAAACUAUCCGAACGACAGCGCUUCUUGAGCUUUUGGUUCAACACAGUAAGAGUCUGUUGCUGGUAGGUCCUACUGGUACCGGUAAAAGUGCCUACACGAUUGAUUUUCUCCUGAAGAGGAAUGAUACAAAUAUUUUCAAACCACUUUUGAUAAAUUUUUCGGCACAAACUUCAGCUAAUCAGGUGCAGGAUAUCAUUAUGUCUAAGCUAGACAAACGUCGGAAGGGUGUCUAUGGACCACCACUAGGGAAGAAAUGUGUCGUGUUUAUUGAUGAUGUUUCUAUGCCACUGAAAGAAACCUACGGAGCACAACCGCCAAUCGAGAUCGUUAGAAUGUUUCUCGAUCAUGCCAUGUGGUACGACAGAAAGGAAAUUGUUCCAAUGAAGUUGGUGGACCUACAGCUGCUAUGUGCCAUGGGACCGCCGAGUACCGGAAAUACAGUUACGCCAAGAUUUUCCCGACAUUUCAAUACGAUUUCAUUAGACGAGUUCGACGACGAAACUCUGACGGCCAUCUUUAGUAAGAUUGUGCUGUGGCAUUUGGAUACCAGGGGCUUUUCCAAAGAGUUCGAUCCCUGCAUCGACGAGAUUGUACUCUCCACACUGCAGAUCUACCGACAAGCUAGACGAAUUCUGUUACCGACGCCGGCCAAAUGCCACUACUUGUUUAAUUUGCGUGAUUUCUCCAGAGUGAUUCAGGGCGUGCUUCUGUCAGUGCCGGAGGGCACAGAAAGUCUCAACUCGAUCCGAAGGUUAUGGGCCCACGAAAUUCUUCGCGUCUACGGUGACAGAUUGGUGGACGAUACAGAUCGCGAAUGGCUGUUCGAUGAGCUUUGCACCGUUAUCGACAAGUAUAUGCACGAAGAACCGAAGGAUCUUUUCGACAGAUUUGUCGAAAACGGGGAGCUGCACGAAAGCCAUCUUCGUGCGAUGAUGUUUUGCGAUUUCACCAAUCCCAAAGCGGACACCAAACUGUACCUUGAAGUACAGGACAUGGAAGAGUUGGGUUUUGUAAUCGAGUCGUACAUUGUGGAGUUCAAUAAUAUGUCCAAGAAACCAAUGACACUGGUUUUGUUCCGAUUUGCAAUCGAACACUUAUCUAGAAUUUGUAGAAUCAUUAAGCAGCCACGUAGCCAUGCCCUUUUGGUUGGUGUUGGUGGAUCAGGAAGGCAGUCGUUGGCAAGAAUCGCUUCUCACAUAUGUUCCUAUGAGCUUUAUCAGGUUGAGAUAUCGAGACAGUACGGGAUGAAUGAGUGGCGAGAGGACAUGAAGAAUCUGUUGAAAAAAGUGGCUUCCUCCGAUCAGCAUCUCGUGUUUCUAUUCACCGAUACUCAGAUAAAGGACGAAUCGUUCCUCGAAGAUGUAAACAAUAUGUUGAACUCCGGUGAAAUACCUAAUCUAUUCAACAAUGAGGAGAAAUCAGAAAUCAUAGAGAAAAUGCGACAAAUGGAUCGGCAGAAGGAAAAGUCACAGCAAACUGACGGAAGCCCGGUGGCGCUUUUCAAUCUGUUUGUAACGAUCACCCGGGAUCAGUUGCACAUUAUUCUUUCCAUGUCACCAAUCGGGGACUCAUUCCGCAAUCGAGUUCGCAAGUUUCCUUCAAUAGUUAACUGCUGCACUAUCGAUUGGUUUCAACCGUGGCCAAAGGAUGCGCUGGUGGCGGUGGCCACAAAGUUCCUCUCAACCGUUGAAAUGCCCGAAAAGGAACGAAACGUGUGCAUUGACAUGUGUAUGGAGUUUCACACGUCGACUCAGCAGCUUUCGGAUGAGUUCAUGAUUCGCUUGAAUCGACAUAACUACGUGACCCCAACCUCCUAUCUCGAGUUAAUCCAUACCUUUAAGACGUUGCUGGAUAAAAAGAGAACGGAGGUCCUAACCGGCAAGAAUCGUUACUUGACUGGACUUAAGCAGCUGGAAAUCGCAGCCCAACAGGUCGGGGUGAUGCAAGAGCAGCUGGAGACUGUACAGCCCCAGCUGAAGAUUGCUGCUGAAACGGUGGCCCAGCAGAUGGCCAAGGUUCAAGCAGACAGUGAGGUUGCGGCCGUACAGAAGGAACUAGUCAAGAAAGACGAGGAAGUCGCACAGGAACAGGCAGCAGCUGCCAACGAGAUCAAAGAGGAGUGCGAUGCGAAGUUGGCAGAUGCGAUGCCGAUCUUGAAUGCAGCUUUGGAGGCUCUGAACACGUUGACUCAGCCGGACAUAACGAUCGUGAAAACGAUGAAGAGUCCACCGAUCGGUGUGAAAGUCGUAAUGGAAGCGGUUUGCAUCCUGAAGGAUAUCAAACCGGACCGUGUUCAGGCCCCGUCUGGUAUGGGUAUGGUGGAGGAUUACUGGGGUCCAGCGAAAAAGCUUCUGGGGGAUAUGAAAUUUAUGGAAGGUCUUUUGAACUUCGAAAAGGAUGACAUCCCUCCGAGAGUAAUGCAAAAGCUGGAGGAACGAAUAUUGAACAAUGAGAAUUUCGACCCGGAGAAGGUAAAAUCGGCGUCCACUGCCUGUGAAGGCUUGUGCAAAUGGGUGAUUGCCAUUUCCAAGUAUGAUGUAGUGGCCAAGGAGAUUGCGCCGAAAAAAAUUGCUUUGAAAGAAGCACAAGCGAAAUAUGACGGUGCUAUGAGCAUUCUCAAUGCAAAGUUGGAACAACUGGCAAUUGUGGAGGAGAACUUGGCCGAGUUACAGAGAAAGCUGGAUGAACAAAUCCAGCAGCAUAGUAAGUUACAAGCGAACGUGGAUCUGUGCAUGAAAAAAUUGGAGCGUGCUACAGAGAUUAUUACCGGACUAGGAGGCGAGAAAGAUCGCUGGGAACAGGCAGCUAGCCACUUGGGUCAAGUGUAUGACAACUUAACGGGAGACGUACUCAUUGCCUCCGGGGUAGUAGCUUAUCUAGGUCCAUUCACAAAUCAAUUUAGAGCUCAGCAGAUCAAACGGUGGAUCGAAAACUGCAAGGCUAAGCAAAUAGUGUGUUCGCAGGACUUUCAGUUAUCUACAGUGCUGGGAAAUCCCGUUGAUAUUCGAGCCUGGAACAUUUUCGGCCUACCGAGUGAUGCGUUUUCUGUGGAAAGUGCCAUCAUAAUACAUAAUGCUCGACGGUGGCCGUUGAUGAUCGAUCCUCAAGGGCAAGCCAAUAAAUGGGUUCGUAACAUGGAAAAGGCGAACCGUAUUUGUAUCAUUCGCUUCAAUCAACCGGACUACACACGAGUUCUGGAGAAUGCCAUCCAGUUCGGUUUGCCAGUACUUUUGGAAAAUGUGGGAGAAGAAAUUGAACCCCUCUUAGAGCCAAUACUUCUAAAGCAAGUUUUUCGUCAAGGUGGAACGAUGUGUAUUAAACUGGGUGAUUCCAUCAUUGAAUAUAAUGAUUCUUUCAAAUUUUACAUAACAACCAAAUUGAGGAAUCCCCAUUACUUGCCGGAAAUAGCCGUAAAAGUUACAUUAUUAAAUUUCAUGAUCACCCAAACUGGCCUACAAGAUCAACUGCUAUCAAUAACGGUCGCCCGCGAACGGCCCGAUCUCGAAACGGAGAAGAACGCCCUGAUCGUGCAGGGCGCGGAAAACAAACGCCAGCUGCAGGAAAUAGAAGACAAAAUCCUGCAAGUACUCAGCUCCGAGGGCAAUAUUCUCGAAGACGAAACAGCCGUGUCGGUCCUAAGUUCUUCGAAGACGCUAGCCAACGAGAUCAACGAAAAGCAAAUCAUUGCCGAGACAACUGAACGUCAGAUCGAUAUUGCACGGUUGCAGUACACCUCGAUAGCGGCCCACUCGACGGUGCUCUUCUUCACGAUUGCAGACCUGGCGAACAUCGACCCGAUGUAUCAGUAUAGCUUAAAUUGGUUCGUGAAUCUGUUUACGGCAGCGAUCGACAACACCGAAAAGGUUGACGAGGUCCCGGCCCGGUUGGAGGAUCUUAGGACUUACUUCACGUACAGUCUGUAUGAGAAUAUCUGCAGGAGUCUGUUUGAGAAGGAUAAGAUUUUGUUCUCGCUUCUACUCACUACGAACCUGCAGCAUGAAGAGGGAAAAUUUGAUAGGGCGGAGUUUAUGUUUCUGCUUACUGGCGGAGUUGGACUUGAUAAUCCUGACGCUAAUCCAGCCGAAUGGCUCCCGGUCAAAAGCUGGGACGAAGUUUGUCGUCUAACAAAAUACGAAGCAUUUUCAGGCCUAAAGGAGCACGUAGUAGCUAACAUUAGGCGGUGGAAGGCGUACUUCGACGAAGAUACGCCACAAAGUGCAGAGCUGCCGGAACCUUGGAAAUCCAGUUUGACCACGUUCCAAAAACUACUCAUUUUAAGAUGUUUCCGUUCGGAUAAACUAGUUCCGGCUAUCGAAUUGUACGUGGAAAGUAUCAUGACCAGGAAGUACGUUGAGCCUCCGCCUUUCAAUUUAGCAGCAUCCUACGAAGAGUCCAACAGCUGCGUUCCACUAAUUUUUGUACUUACCCCUGGUGCCGAUCCAACUGCCACAUUGCUUCGUUUCGCCGAUAUUCAGGGUAUCGGUUCGAACCGUCUAUAUUCCCUUUCGUUGGGUCAAGGUCAGGGUCCAAUUGCAGCCAAAAUGAUCGACGAAGGAACCAAAUUUGGCAACUGGGUACUCUUACAAAACUGUCAUCUAGCUCAAAGCUGGAUGCCAACUAUGGAACGAAUUUGCGAAAGCUUCCAACCGGACACAACCCACCCGGAUUUCCGUCUAUGGCUUACUUCCUACCCAACGGAACACUUUCCCGUGGUAGUGCUGCAGAAUGGAAUCAAAAUUACCAACGAGCCUCCGAAGGGCUUACGGAUGAACGUCGUCCGAUCGUACAUGGGAGAUCCCAUAUCCAACGUGGAAUGGUUUGAAGCAUGCAAACAAUCAGCCAAUUUUAAGAAGCUUCUUUUCAGCUUGUGUUUCUUCCAUGGAAUAGUUCAAGAACGUCGCCAUUUUGGUCCUAUUGGAUGGAAUAUUCCGUAUGAGUUCAACGAAACCGAUCUCAGUAUCAGUUUGACACAAUUACGUAUGUUUUUGGAUGAGUAUGAAGAGGUGCAGUUUGUGGCGCUCAGAUAUCUGACAGGAGAAUGCAACUACGGUGGGCGCGUUACAGACGAUUGGGAUCGGCGAUGUUUGAAUACCAUUCUGGGAAAGUACUACUGCAGUGCGGUACUCGAGCAGGAGGAGUACGUCUUGGACGAGCAGGGUUUGUACAAGAUUCCGGAAUUGAAAGAACACGAAGAGUUUAUGACGUUCAUAAAGGAACUUCCUGCGAUCGCUAAGCCCGGAGUUUUUGGUUUACACGAAAAUGCAGAUAUCAUAAAAGAUCAAAAGGAAACGGAUUUGCUAUUGACCAGCACUUUGAAGACACAGGAUCGAACGGACAUGUACGAAAUGAAGCUUCUUAUGGAUCUCAAGACUACGUCAACGGGAGUAUUUCGUGAGACUCCAGCUGAAAUAGUGAUUUGUGUGUCCAACGACAUUUUGAAGCGCUUACCAAAGGAGUUCGACCGCGAUGCUGCAUUGGAAAAAUAUCCGACUAGUUAUCAUCAGAGCAUGAACACCGUUCUAGUCCAGGAGAUGGUUCGAUUCAACGUACUACUCAAUUGCAUCCGCAAUAGUCUGAUGACCGCAAGCAAAGCCAUGCAGGGUCUGGUGGCAAUGUCCGCCGAUAUCGAGGAAGUAGUUGCAUCCCUUCUGGUCGGACGCAUUCCGGAACUGUGGGCCAGACGUUCCUAUCCCAGUUUGAAACCGUUGGGCAGCUACAUAAUCGACUUCAUCGCCCGGUUGGACUUUUUACGCCGGUGGUACGACAAUGGACCACCGGUUGAUUUCUGGCUGUCGGGAUUUUUUUUUACGCAGGCUUUCCUAACUGGGGCACAACAGAAUUUUGCCCGCAAAUAUGUCAUUCCGAUUGAUUUGCUCGUAUUCGAUAAUACCAUGCUGACGGGGAACACGUUCGAGGAACCUCCGGAAGAUGGCGUGUAUGUUUAUGGUUUGUAUCUGGAAGGUGCUCGAUGGGACAGGAAGAAAGGAUACAUUCAAGAGUCGUAUCCAAGGGUUCUAUAUGACAGUAUGCCACAUAUAUGGAUGCUUCCCGUUAAGAAAGAUGAUUUGGUACUUAGACAUACGUACACCUGCCCCGUGUACAAAACCGCCGAGCGUCGGGGAAUUUUAUCAACUACUGGUCACAGUACAAACUUCGUUAUCGCCCUAUCGCUAGACUGUGAACCAACAUCAUCCCAGGAACACUGGAUUCGACGAGGAACUGCACUUCUAUGUCAAUUAAGCCAUUGA